AUGGCGAACCGCGGCGGCACCGCAGUCCUGGCGCUCCUCCUCACCGCGGCGACACUCUCCUCCGCCGCCAGUACGGCGGUCACGACCGGCGCGGCGCGCAAGGUGCUGUCGACAAAGUGCAGCCCGGCCGACCCGUUCUGCCCGUGGGAGGCCGUCAAGUUGGGCGCGUGCGCCGCCGCGCUCGGCGUCGUGGACGCGCAGGCCGGCGCGCAGCUCGGGAGCAAGUGCUGCGAGCUUGUCAGCGGGCUGGUUGCGGCGGAGGCGGCCGCGUGCCUCUGCAUCGCCGCCAAGGAGAGCGUGCUCGGCGUCGUCACCGCGGAGUGGUCCGUCGGCGUCGAGCUCCUCGCCAGCACCUGCAAGAAGGAGAUCCCCGACGGCUUCAAGUGCGUGUGAUUGCUUGGUGCAAGCUGCGAGCGUCGUCCAAGUGAAAAUAGCGAUUUCUCUUCUCUGGCUUCUGACUUGUGAACAUUUGCAUACUGUCAAUUUGCUUCAGAAGUGUAUUUGCACGAUGGAGUGGAGAAUUUUGUUUUUUUAGAAGAAGUAUUGCUUUCUUUGACUUCUGAGUUGUGAACAUGGCAUAUUGUCCUUUUGCUCA